AGGAGCCGCGCGCUGCUGUGGUGCUGCCUCCGCCGCUGCCGUCAGUGCGACCGCCGCGCGGUUCCUCGGCGUCUCCUUCCCUCGGAGCCAUCGCCGCUGCUGCGCUGUGCCUCGGGCUCCGAUCUUGCCAGGAAAAUGUCUGAUGAAUUUUCGUUGGCAGAUGCACUACCUGAACAUUCACCUGCCAAAACCUCUGCUGUGAGCAAUACAAAACCUGGCCAACCUCCACAAGGCUGGCCAGGAUCCAAUCCUUGGAAUAACCCAAGUGCUCCACCAUCUGUGCCAUCUGGACUCCCCCCAAGUGCAACACCGUCCACUGUGCCUUUUGGACCAGCACCCACAGGAAUGUAUCCAUCUGUGCCUCCCGCUGGACCACCGCCAGGACCCCCAGCACCCUUUCCUCCUUCUGGACCCCCACCUGGUGGUCCUUAUCCAGCUCCAGCUGUGCCAGGUGGCCCCACAGGGCCAUAUCCUACACCAAAUAUGCCAUUUCCAGAGCUACCUAGACCGUAUGGUGCUCCCACAGAUCCAGCUGCAGCUGGUCUAGGUCCAUGGGGAUCCAUGGCUUCUGGACCUUGGCCACCUGGAAUGGGAGGGCAGUAUCCUACUGCUAAUAUGCCAUACCCAUCCCCAGGGCCCUAUCCCACUCCUCCUCCCCAAGCACCAGGAGCAGCACCACCUGUUCCAUGGGGCACUGUGCCCCCGGGAGCCUGGGGACCACCAGCACCUUACCCUGCCCCUGCAGGGUCAUAUCCCACGCCAGGACUCUAUCCUACUCCCAAUAAUCCUUUUCAAGUGCCUUCAGGACCUUCUGGUGCUCCACCAAUGCCUGGUGCUCCCCAUUCUUACCAUUAAGUUAACAGUGGAUGAAGAAAUGAUGCUUUGCUUGUUGAAGUACGUGUAUGUGUACACCAGUGCAUAUAUCGGAUUUGCUCUUUCUCUGAUAGAGGCCACUCAUGAAACAACUCUAGCACCUCUCAGAAGAUACCUGCCUCUUGAACUUGGAUAUGUAGUUCAUCAAAUGGAUGCAUUCGGAUAAAAACGGAAGCAAAUCAUUCAGAUGUGAUUUUUUUUUAACUUGGUUUUCAUGGAAGUUAAAGUGAUUGAAGUAUUUGGAAUAGUUCUUUGAUAUGAUUUGUUUAAAUCAUGAAACUGCACCAUUACAAUUUUAAGGCGUUACGUAUGGAUUACUGCGAGAAUCUGCAACUAUGUUGGCAAAUUAUUUCAAGUAGUUUUCUAUAAUCACAUUUACCCCAAAGUGACAUUGGAAACAAUCACACUAUAACCUAAACAAACAAUUCUACUUGAUGUGCUGCUCUAUAGGAUAAAUAAAUGUGGUCCUCUUAUGAUUACGUUUUGGAUAGAUUUUUUUUUUUUAGUUGUCAGAUAUUGAGUUCACUAGCCAAACAAUGUUCAUAUUUAUCCUUGAGCUUUGAGUAAAAUUUUCUGAUCUUUUAUUUUUGCCACACAGGUUAUAUAGCACUGAAGUCUGCCAUUUAUGAAAACUUUGUGUUGCUGAGGUGGAACCCAGGGCCUUUGCACAUGCUAGGCAAGCACUCUAGCACUGCGUACCCCUCUAGCCCUAACUUUCUAAAAUCUAUGCCAACGUUUAUGUAAGUUAUAUUAUUAGAGAAUCGAUGAUCCCUUUGUUGCUUUAGAGUGGUUUAUGAAGGAAAGAAAUAAUUCUCUCCUUUAUUUUGAACCCCAAAGUAGAUAAACCCUGGGAAUUGUUUCAUUGCAACAGUUGCUUCAUUGUAAUUUUAUACCCAUAAAACCUGAGGCAGCUCUGCUCAGCCCUUUCCCUGUAGCCUCCUCCCCUGACCCACUCAGAGUUCUUUGCAGACAGCAAAUCCCUUGACUCUUCCCUAUAGGGAAAACCGGCACAGUAGAGGUCUAUUGUAAGAACAGAGCAGUUAUAUUGAGAGAACUAAGUCAUGCCGAUAUGACUGCUCUGUGCAGCAUGAAUCAAAAAAGUAGCUUUCAGAGCUAUGUCUUUGUUUCCUGCAUAGUUUACAAAGUCUGUGUUAAUGGCUAACAGUUCCGUUCUGUAUUUGUUGACAAGUGAAUAAGUGGAAUUGAGUACCAUCUUUUUUUUUUUAAAGUUAUUCUCUAGCUCUAACACUGAAAAGAUAAGCUGUAGAUCUCUGCAACUGAAUUUAAAGCCAUGUUACUGUAUUGCUUAGGUGUUGACUAUUCUCAAUCUGUAACAUCCAAAACAAUCCUGGUAACUUUUGACACCUUGCCUAUAAAUCAGAGACUUAGGUUUGGGAUCGACUUGAUCUUAUUUAUAUCAGAAAUGUUUUGGACUUCUGAAUGUAUUCAUUGGGUUUCUAAAAUGUAUUCUGAAGUUACUCUGACUGGUAUGCAAAUUUUAUGCUUGAGUUCUGUUUUUACUUUGAAAUAAAAUAUUCAGUAGCUUA